GUCUGAUUAACUUUAUAGUGGCGGCCAGGCUUUCAUGUUACGUGAAAUCGGAUCUACCAAAUUUGGAUUCAAAGUUGUCUAUGUAUCGUCCUCACGCGUAAAUGUCCGAAUCACGUGAUGCCAACCCCGCUGUAGGGGAAGGGGUGGACAUUCCUGACAGCUUUCCUCUCGAAGGAGUAACGAACACAGCCGCCGACUCUCGAGACGGGCCGGAAAUUGCCGAAGUCGAUGACGCUACACUCGGAACGGAAACUGCCGAAAACCACGAGUCCAACACAUUGGAGUAUACACCGUUUCCUCAAGUAGACGAAAACGACAAUACACCCGAUGAUGCUCACAACGAAGACGGUUCUGAAUUUGACCCACGGGAAGAUAAACACACGGGGGUCACCCCGGAGCAGAUGGAUGAUGCAGAUGACGAAGAUGAAAGCGUGAAGGACUAUCCAGACGGCGAGGUCAGGCAGGAGGUUGAGGAGGCACCUCAAGAAAAUGUCGGGCUGUCGACGACAGAGGCACAGGAGCAGCCGGAGAAUGAUUUAGAUGUGUCCACAAGAGAGGGCGAUUCUAUAGAGUUACAAGUACAAGGGGACGACGACACGGAGAGCAGCGAUAAGCUCCACCCCAGCCUGACGACCGUGCAGAUAGCGCCACCUGGCACAGCGGUCGUGAAUCAUCCACAGGCGAGCGGGCCGCAAAAACCUGGCACACUGUGGGGCCACCCCAUCCCCAUGGCCGUCAACCACGCGGCCAUCGAGGCCAGCGCGAGGAAUAAAUUAGCCAUCCCUGAGGUCAAAGGUCACAUCUUGAGACUGAGCCGCCCCACCGUGUCUAGCACUCAGAAGGUCAGGAAAUGGUACAAGGGCGACACCUAUGUCGACAAGGACUCGUACUCCUGGAGGAACCUGCCCCUGUUCGACGACCACCAGCGCCAUCUUUGGACACCGGAAGGGGCGGUCAGAAGCUCGUACAAGAAAUGACCGCAGUAGAUCUAGAACUAGCUAUCGACAGUGCUCUCCGCUGAAAUUAAUUUGCAUGACUAAUGAUUAUAUCUAAUGAUUACAAAAGUGUGAUUGUCUGAAGAACAAACGUAUUUCUUCCUGGUGCAUGAAUUUUGGUCAAUGUAUUUUUUUUAUAGUGUUUAACACCAUUUUUAUCCCAAAAAUUACACCUGAUGACUUUCACUGCCUGGUA